ACAAGGGGACAACGCUCCUGUGGGCGCACAGGUCAGUUCGGACGACCCGCUGCGGCGAGAAGUAAACUAGCCAUCUUUACAUGCAACUGUAUAUUCUGCGGAUACUUUGCAGCGAACAACGGAUCCAAGAGCUUUAUUUACGACUUUGGAAAUGAAGGACAUAUUCACUCCGGAUUGAAAAAGCGACAUAUUUAUGACUUUCAUUCAUUCAGUCAUUCUUUAAGCUAAUCACUAAGGAAGAGGUCCAGCUUCUGCAGUUUUCUUGCUUUUAACGGAGUUUCGACAGCCACAUGAUGGCCGAUAACAAGCACCCGCACGUUAUUUUCUGCAACGACUCGCCUAAAAGAGUUUUGGUGUCUGUUAUUAAGACCACGCCGAUCAAACCCAGGAGAGCUGAGGCCCUGACUCCGACAAGUCCCGGAUUCAGCGACUUCAUGGUCUACCCGUGGAAAUGGGGGGAGAACGCCCACAAUGUGUCUCUGAGCCCGGGCUCAGUGAGCGGUGCUUCCUCACCCACCGGAGCCCAGACUGCCAGAGAAGCGGACACGGAGCCAACACCUGAGCAGAUCAGGGAUGGCAUCCGCAGAGGGCGUCCCCGGGCUGACACUGUCCGAGAGCUCAUCAACGAGGGGGAGACUUCUGCCAGUCGCAUUCGCUGUAACAUCUGCAACCGCGUGUUUCCCAGAGAAAAGUCUCUGCAGGCUCACAAGAGGACACACACAGGAGAGAGGCCCUACCUGUGUGACUACCCAAACUGUACGAAGGCGUUUGUGCAGAGUGGUCAGCUGAAGACCCACCAGCGGCUGCACACUGGGGAAAAACCCUUUGUCUGUUCGGAGAAAGGAUGUGGCAAUCGGUUCACACAUGCCAACCGUCACUGUCCCAAGCACCCUUACUCCCGUCUGAAGCGAGAGGAACCAAAGGAGGACCAGGACAAGGCUCAGUCUGUGGAUAACAAGGCUGUGGCUGAGUGGCUAGCAAAGUACUGGCAAACCCGUGAGCAGCGUGUCCCCACAACCACCAAGGGGAAGACACAGGGCAAGUCCAGAGCAGAGGACCAGGAGCAGCAGGACCCCAUGGAGUACCUCCUGUCCGAUGAAGAGAACGAGGAAGAUGAAGAACCAGCAGAGGAGGAGAAGGGGAGCCAGGGAGGAGCCACCAAGCGCCGCCUCCAGGAGCAGCGAGAGCGUCUUCAUGGUGCUCUGGCACUUAUCGAUCUGGCCAACAACCUGUCUGCCUGAACCCCUUCCCACUUCCCGAUGCCUGACAUUCCCAUUCCCUCAUGUCUCAAUCCCCAACCCGCCUUCCUGCUGUAUGUACUGUAGCUAGAAGUGUUCAUGAAUGCAGAUCAAUGACUAGUUUAGUUUAUUCUUGCAAGUUGUAAAAUCUGAUUUUGAGAACAAGCUGGACUGGCCUGAGAUCAGUGUUAUGCACAUCAUCAUCUAUUGUCACAGCACCAGGAAGGCACAAGCUAAAGCACCUUAUUCAGCUUCCAUUUUAUCCUUUUAGGCUGCUAUAAUUGUAGAUUUGACUAUAUGAAGAAUGUUUUCUUUCUCCUGUCUUCUAAAGGCAAAGGAAGAGUACCUAUUAUGUUUUGUUUGCACUUUGAUGGUAACGAGUUCUUUGAGUGUUUGUGAGUGUAACCGAGUGUGUAUGAUUGAUGUAUAUAUGGAUUAAGCUCAGAUGGACAGAAUGAUACAGGGUGUGGUCAUACAUAGGACGUAUGGAUGGCCUCUCAUCAUGCUCCCAGGUUUCAUCUCUAGCAUUGUAAGCACACUUUCACUUCCACUGAUUACAGCAGUGGUGGUAGAAAUGGACUGAGUGGUUCAGUUUAAGCAUCACCUUGACAGCAUGCUCUUAGAAGUGAGCGAAUGUGGACUAAAGGGGGGGGGGGGGGUCAGUCUGGCAUUGGCUCAUUUUUAUAUUCGAAUAAAAUGGGAUCAUUGCAAGCCUAAUCCAGAGGUCUUCAAAAUAAUCCAUACUUUGACAGCUUUACCACUUUAUCAUGAUUUACACACAUUUGUUUUCAAUUUACAAUACCGGAGGCACACAGGAAGUUCACCUGGUGCCUUUUUUCUUUUUUUUAUACUGGUCUUACAUAUUCAGUCAAGCAAUCGUCAAUCAUUGGAGGUCGAGAAUACCUCUAAUGCCAUAUUUCCAUUGAAACAGAUGUUUACCUUUAAAAGUAAAAUCAGCAGACCUAAAGAUGGGAGAUAUUUCACUAUGUCACCUUUUAUAUUAAAGGGGGACAGACCAGAUAUUAUACGGGCAUAGAAACAUAGUGUUGCAUCUGUCAUUUAAUUUCAAAAGAUUAAGUUAUGAUCUAUUUAUUUCGCCAUAUUCUUUUUUUACUGGCUAACAAUUUCUUGAACUUUGAUAGCCCUGAAAUCUUUUGACAUGUAAAGGGAAAUAUUCUGGCACCAGCAAAAAUCUAAAACCUUUCAAAUACAUUUAGGUUUGUCAAUUUUGUCACCUCAUUCAUUUUUACGUAGCUCUUACACCCCUACUUAAGUGUUGGAUUAAGCUUGCAAUGCACAGAAAAUUAGACUUGUCGUACGAGUCCAAAAAGAUGGCAUUUGUUUUUGAUAAACUGAUUUUUAUAGUGCUUGGUGUUAUCAUUUUCUUUCUUUUUUGAGCAACACUACAUCCUUCGACACUGUAUGAACCUCUCAUAACUGCCCUGUCAGCAAGCUGUCACUCUAGCUGUGAUGUUUGAUUCUGUUUGGUUUACAAAUGACCUUUGUGGAGUUUCGCUAAAACUGGAAGGCAAGUGAUUUGUUGAUAAUCAAAACCCCAAAUGAUUUAUUUGUACCCCAUUAUAGUUUAUUUUUGAAGCAUUUCUAACCCUUAGUCUAUUUUGUGGUUUGAGAAGAUUAUGGCAUUUAAUAUAUACACCUUUUUUUGUUAGAAUGUUGAGUGUGAACAAUUUACGAAGAGCUUUGAAGUCGAUUUUUAGUUUACGUUUUUUUUCUCCCCUAACAUGCUCCAACAGUUUCCAUGUUUUUAGCAUGUAUAGAGUGAUCCUGCUUGCUUGGUAGACAUUUUAUUACACAUUUUAAGGUAAUAUUUCUCUGACAGGCUGUCCACACUGUUAUAUAAUUGUUGGUUUUAAAUAAACGUUCCCCAAACCUGACCCAGA